AUUCGCAUGAAAACCUGUCUCCAAUUGAAUGGAAACCUCGCUACCUUUCAAACAUGUUUUUUUGCCGCUCACUGUACAAGGUUGUAGGUUGCAACACGAGUCACAUCGUUUGACUCCAGAAAUAAAACCUGUGCUGUGGGUUCCUUCCCUCGUUCUAACGAUAACCGCUACGGGAGAAGAAUCUUCUUCAUUUAACGAAGGUGUUGGCAGGUUGCAGUUGUAACCUGCUAUACCAGACUCGCAAUAACCUCUCCGGGGUGUACUGGCUGAACAUGUGUGGAUGCCGGGCGAACACCCACAUACAGUGCAGACAGUGGGAGAAUGCUGUUGCAAUAAGGCUUGGUGGAACUUGUACUGCACUUCACAGCAAAACAAUAAACACAUUAAUCUGAAGAGACACCUGUCUGAUGGGAUUUCACUGAAGAGUUCGCAAACUGGACUGUCUAAUUUGGAAAAAGAAAGACAACAAUACAUACAGUAUUUUGGGAUGAAUAUAAAUAAAAUAAAUAAACAUCCUCUGAAAUUGUCUUUCUGAACAUAAAAAAAAAAUACUUUAGUUUGUAAAGGCAACCCUGCCGAUCAGAACAGAGAAGUAGAGACUCGUGUCGAACUAAAAAAACUAAAAUCCAAGUGGUUUGGUGCACACUUCUUCUUAUUUCAUAUCAACCACCACGUCGUGUCUCUCAUUGGAGAGAUCGCAGUGAAAUAACGGACUCCUUAACGGACGCGAUCACAUCACAUGAAUCCUUUUCAAAGAGAAGAACUAGGACUAUCGCUGAGCUCACAUCAACCCACAAUAAUGCCUACAGAAACACAAGCAAGUGGCUGUACAUGUCAAAUUACGUUUGGAUUGUCAGGAAUUCGCAUGUAAGCUAUCUUCCCGUUGAGCAACAUCAGUAGCUGUCACCUCCCUCUCUUCUCCCUCCCUCCCUCCCUCCCUCCAUCCCUCUCUCCUUCCGUGAGGUCCUGUUAAGCCACUCCCACUGACCCCCUGACCCCUCCUUGCCAUGGAAAGCCUGAGCGAGCUCCAGAACCCGCUCUUGGACAAGAACAGUAAGCACGUCGUCAACGGUUACGGGGGCGACUUCCCUAACGACCAGUACCAGGAGAAUAUUAUCAACUACUUCGUAACCGGCGGCGGCGACGGAGGAGGAGGAGGUGGUGGAGGAGGUGACACUAGCAACGGUGCGGUGGCCCACGUGGGACAAAACAACAGCAACGGCAAAAUGAAAGCUCAACAACUCCUGGACGCCACCUCCCUCCAUCGGGCCGUCGAGGCCUUCUACAGGCCUAACUUCAUCCUGUACAAGGAGGAAGGGGGAGGAGGAGGAGGUGGAGUCAAGGCCAAGGAUUAUAAGAGCGAGUGCUGCGAGACUACCUUCACAGAGAAGAAAGAGAAGGAGAGGGAGGCGUCUGUAGCAGUGGAGACCCCCGGCAGCACAGAGGACCCUCAGGCCAAGCUGCUAGAGGACGGAGACAACGUGAAGAUACAGACUGUCUCCUACGAGGUGGAGGAGGAGGAGUAUGUAGAGUAUGAGACGGACUGCUCCAGCGACAGCGAGAGUGAAGAUAACUUCAUAGUGAUCCCACCCAGAGACCAUCUGGGCCUGGCCAUCUUCUCCAUGUUAUGCUGCUUCUGGCCCCUGGGCAUCGCUGCUUUCUACUUCUCCCAGGGGACCAGUAAGGCGGUGACGAAGGGUGACUUCCCGCUGGCGAGCAUCGCGUCCCGGAGGGCACUGUUCCUAGCGGCCCUUUCCAUCACCAUCGGGACAGGGGUCUACGUUGGGGUGGUGGUGGCCCUCAUCGCCUACCUCUCCAAGCCUGGACACGUAUAGCAGCGCCUGACCUCCUGGACCAGACCACCGGGGAAAAGCAGGACAGCUAGGAACUGUCUCUUCCUGGAAUGGAACACUGCCACUGGCAUGGAAAUUUUUUCGGGACAUAUUCCUCCUUCUCCCUCCAUCCCUCCAUCCCUCCAUCCCUCCGUUCUUCUCCUGGACAACCAGAGGAACCACAGAAGAGGAAAGGAAGGAUGAACCACCACUCUCAAUGAACACGGCUAAUGCCAUGUUAAAACUGCCCCUCUUCGGAACAUGGAAACAGUUUUUGGGUUAUGUUCCUCUGUCAUCCAUAAAUCUGUCUAUCCUCCCCUUUUAGCUUCCCUACGGGUGGUCCCCGUCAGCAAAGAUUAGAUGAACAGACUGAGAAGGGCAAGGCCGGAAGGGAGGAGGAGGAGGAGGAGAGCAAGGCAGGAAGGGAGGAGGAGGAGAGCAAGGCAGGAAGGGAGGAGGAGGAGGAGGAGAGCAAGGCGAAACCAGUACAGACUGAAAACAGACAUAUUUCUCUGGGAAAAGUUACCCAAGUGAAGUUGAGGAGAAUUGAGUUCUGCCAUUCCGCUGUUCUGCUCCGUUGUCUUCACCCCCCUGUAGGGUGUUUGAACUCUGCUGUGUUCCUCCAACAUUCUAAAACCAUUACAGAAACAGACAGGGGGGGAGGGAACAGACAUGGAAAAACAUGGAUGCCAAUUACUGAGACUUUAGGGAAUUGAGGAACUUCGAGGGGCCCCAGUGUCUGGAGGACUCACUGAAAAUACAAGCUGAAACACUAAAAACCUUGAGUUCUCUGUGUCAUCUGAACUUCUACACAGGGUUUGAAAAUGUUGUCUAUUUGGAUCCCCUGCUACUGACUGACUAUCACUUUUUUUUUAAUAUACCAUCAAAUGCUUCUUCAUUUGGCCUGGGUCAAAGGCCUAACGCUGGGUGGUUCUCCGUCAACAUGAAGACCCUCCUCUGAGAUCCUUUGAUGAGAGAGAGAGAGAGAGAGAGAGAGAGAGAGAGAGAGAGAGAGAGAGAGAAACAGAG